AAUCAAGCACAAAUGCCACAACAGUUGGGUUUUCAGCCAUCACAACACCUACAGGACCCCCAAAUUCAACAACAGUGAUAGGAGCAACCACAGCUAACAUUACCACAAUGCAUUCAUCUACAACCGAAGGUCACAGUAGCUCAUCAACAGUGCCAUUAACAACGAGCCAUGUUACUGUGCAAAAUACAGCAGCAAUGGUGGAAACCACAGCUACAUCUUCUAACACAAGCACAACGAUCGCAACAACAACAUUCACGAUGGAAUUCCAUAGCACUGAUAAUCGAACUCUGGAAACCACACCGUACACAUCCACUGAAAACAAGACUUCGUUUGAAACAACCACAAGCUUCACAUCAACCGAAAACAAGACUUCUUUUGAAACAACCCCAAGCUUCACAUCCACUGAAAACACAACUUCUUUUGAAACAAGUGCCAACUUCACAGCAUUUACAGCAGCGACCGAACCAUCAUCCUCUGGCAAUAUAACUGAAUCAACACCACUACUGACAACCAUUAACCAAACAUUAACACCAUCUGUUUUUUACUGGAUGACUAUAUCCUAUGAGGUAAUAGUAGGACAGCAAAGUGAACAAACUCUCAAAAGAAUGUUUGAGUGGUUUUUCAUGGGCAACUUAGACGCAUGUGCAGUUUCCAGUGAUAGCCCCCUAUCGGUGAUGUCACAGUCAAGAGACACCAUAUUUCUCAACAGGUUUUAUGAUGUGCUCACCAGUUCAGCUGCAGAGAAAAUGGGCCUCUUUGAGGCCAUGGAGUUCACAUGUGAACCAAAAAAUAUUACAAAGAACGCACAAUGCAAUAUUCUUCUGAAGCUGAGUGCACCUGUCAGUGUUUGCUGCAUUCAAGACGUGAUGAGACUGACAGUGGAAAGUUUCGUUGUGGUGGGACAAAUAGAACGAGUGGGUGUGUGUGUGGAUGACAUAACACAGUUCUUAGCUGGACAAUAUGACAAAUGCAAUGAGACAGUCAAAGUGACUGAAGAUGUAUGUAGUGCGAAACCACAGAACAUCUCAUGUGGAAACAGUACAAAUGUGAUUUUUCCGUUGGAUACUGGUGUUCAGGAGAUCUGUCCUACUAUCCCACCACUGCCAACAUGUAAUUGUUCCUCACACUGCAAUAACUCAGAUUUCUACUAUUACCAUUUUAACAUUGCUUCGUCCACUGAAAAUGUUUUCGUGGAAUACACGUAUCCUAACUACUGGAAAGAACAGUACAUAAGUAUCAAGGUUUAUCAGUUGUUGAAUCACUCGGCAUGCAGCAACACUGCAUCUGCAUGUAACAGUGUGCACACUUUCAGAAAUCACAUUCAGGAUGUAGGUGUGAAUGAUUGCAUAGAAAGCACUUGUCAAGUUAUAGUGAAACUCGACCGAGCAAUGGACCUGUGUGAUGUUCACACAGCUGUAGAGGCCAUCUUCGAACCUCAGAAAAACUUCACCUUCGACGGAGUUGUGAGCAGAGUAGCUAUCUGCUCUUACUCUUUGGAUCCUUUAAGAGAUUAUUUAAUAUGGAAGCCUUCUUUGAGUUCACAUUUCAGUUCUGAAGACUUCUGUAUGGAGUCGAAGACAGAAAGCCUGUUGACAGAUUACUGCUCAAUAGGUUUGGUAGAACGUAUGGAGACUUGGAGUAUAGUCAUUCCCCUGAAUGGCAGCUGUAAUUUUUCUACACCCACGUUCCAAACCAUUACCCCAACGUCUCCAUCCUUCACAAGUACCUCGCUCUCGAGCACAACCACCAUCAGUACUACAGUCUCCACAACAGAGUCCAACGCUGUGAAUGGAACAACUUCACCUGCUAAUGUAACCGCCUCAGUGUCUACGACCACGUCUGGGGCAUUAGAUGCCAAAGGACUGUUGAAGUUGAGUGAAAAAGCCUCGUCUUUAAACGCCACGGAGCUGGAGAAGAUCAUAUCACAGCUGGAGUCACUCCUCUCUGUGCCCAACGUCAGCCUGGAUCUGGGAAACACCUCCAUCAAUAUUAUCAACAACCUCCUCCAUGUUCCUGUAGAUGUAAUGACUCCGUUCUCAAAGAGGGCCAUUGGGAUUGUGGACACAGUGGGUCUUAAACUGGUUGCAUCAGGGACGAGUCAGUCAAUACUUUCACAAGCACUGGCUCUGACAGUGAAGAAAGUCGAUGGGACCAACUUUCAGGAGACGUCCUUCUCGUUAAUCGAAACAUCUAAUGUGCAGAUUCAAGGUUACCCCAGCCUGGAGAUUGAAAACAUCAUGGUUCAGGUUCGGUCCACUCUUCUGGCUUCAAUCUUCCUCCCAGCAUCCCUCACACAGAACCUCACGGCAGAACAGCAGCGGCUCGCAUCCAGAGUCCAGUUCAGCUUCUUCCAGAAGAGCACCUUCUUCCAGGACAAAAAUUUGGGUGAAAGUAAACUAAACAGCGGGAUUGUGGGUUGCAGCGUGGGUAACCUGAGUAUCUCUGGUCUACAGAAGGAAGUGCUGAUAACCCUGCGAAACACAGAGACCAUUCCGGCUAACUAUAAAGCUUCCUGUGUAUUCUGGGACUUUGGAUUAAAUGGUGGAUCGGGUGGCUGGAAUCGUUCUGGAUGCCGUGUGCUGAAUUCUUCUGCUGAAGAAACCCAGUGCGCCUGUAAUCACCUUACCAGCUUUGGUAUUCUGCUAGACAUUUCCAAGACUCCCAUCUCUGGACUGCAUGCUGAAAUCCUGACAUACAUUACGUACAUAGGAUGUGGCAUCUCCGCUAUUUUCCUCUCCGUCACCCUUCUCACAUAUUUGGCCUUUGAUAAACUGCGCAAAGACAUCCCGUCUAAAAUCCUAAUUCAGCUGUGUUUGGCCUUGCUGCUGCUAAACCUGGUGUUCCUAUUGGACUCCUGGCUGGCUCUGUACCCAGAUGCUGUGGGUCUUUGCAUCUCCACUGCUUUUUUCCUGCAUUAUUUCCUCCUGGCAUCCUUUACGUGGAUGGCACUGGAGGCCUUCCACAUGUAUCUGGCCCUGGUCAAGGUGUUCAACACCUACAUCUCCCGCUUUAUGGUCAAGAUAGGACUUGCUGGAUGGGGCAUUCCUCUCGUCGUAGUAAUAAUUGUCAUAGCCGUUAACAAAGACAACUAUGGCCUUGUGACAUACGGGAAAUUUGGAAACGGAGCGACUGAUGAUUUUUGCUGGAUAAAAAACGACAUUGUCUUCUAUGUUGCUGUGGUGGCGUACUUCUGUCUCGUCUUCCUGCUGAACUUCAUCAUGUUUAUCGUGGUGAUGGUCCAGCUGUGUCGCGUUAAGCAGCAGAACCCUCACAACGUGCAGAAUCGCAGCAGCUGGCAGGAGCUGCGCAGUGUAGCUGGACUCUCCAUGCUUCUGGGCCUCACCUGGGGCUUCGCUUUCUUCGCCUGGGGUCCUGUUAACCUGGCCUUCAUGUACCUGUUUGCUAUUUUUAACACUUUACAAGGAUUCUUCAUCUUUGUGUUCCAUUGUGCCAUGAAAGAAAACGUCAGACAACAGUGGAGGACAUACCUGUGUUGUGGCAACCUGAGACUGGCAGAAAACUCAGAAUGGAGUCGCACAGCAACUCAAGAGAAUGACAAAGCCUCCAAGAAAAGAAUGUUUUCAAUCCGCUCGACGAAUUCUAACAAUUCUCGUUCAUCUUUCCUGAACCGUGACAGCUUGGCAUCUGAUAUGCCCAUGGAUGUUGGAAAUCCAGUGGAUGACAGGAUAAUAACUGCAGCAGAAAAGACCAGCUCAGGUUCUGACGUGGUAAUGAACGAGGUCAAAGGUCAUAUUGAAUAAACUGAUCACAGCCGGAAUGAGUGCAUGUGCAUGUACAGUAUGCAUGUACGAUGUUUUAAUGAGUCACUAUAUUUCACUGGUAUUUUACAUUUACAUAAAG